CCUCUCCUGUCAUGGUGGAGGGAGGAGGAGGCAGCUACAUAGAGUCAUACAAACUUUUCUGUGGUAAUGUCUUAUGCUUGGUAUUGUUUGUUGCUCUAAUCAUCAGGUAACUUUGGGAUACCCAUUAGAAAAUAUUGAUGAAACGAUGAAAGAACGUGACCUGAUUAGAUGUGUUCAACACCUCACUAUCUGAGGGACAUGGAGGGCCAACAGAAGUUAUACUUGUUCCUGGGAUUUGCUCUGUUUGUGUCUGUGAUUUAUUGGUCUUCCCCAUACCACACACAUGAUGGUCUUGUACCAACUAAGCUGGUUCAACCUCCAAAUUUUGUCUUCAUUUUAACGGAUGAUCAAGAUCUAGUCCUGCGUGGCAUGUUGCCUAUGACCAAUGUGAAGAAUCUCAUUGGGAAACAAGGGGUUACCUUGGCCAAUUCAUAUGUGGCCAGUCCUCUCUGCUGUCCUAGCAGGUCGAGCAUUUUGACUGGCCAGUACGUCCACAAUCACGGUGCCAUCAACAACUCAGUUAGUGGACAAUGUAGCAGUGUCAGAUGGCAGGAAGGACCAGAGAAGAAGACUUUUGCAGCCCACUUACAUCAUAAUGGCUACAGAACAUUCUUUGCUGGAAAAUACCUCAAUCAGUAUGGGAUGGAUGAGGUUGGUGGGGUGCAACACAUCCCCCCUGGCUGGGACUGGUGGUUGGGCCUCAAAGGUAAUUCUCGAUACUACAACUACUCCCUCUCAGUAAAUGGAACACAUAAGAAGCAUGGAUCUGAUCCCAAUAAGGACUAUCUAACUAAUGUUAUAAGAGAAAGAGCUCUUGAAUUUCUCAGCCAGUCUUCCUUUUCUAAGCCAUUUUUCAUGAUGUUGUCAGUUCCAGCAGCACACGCACCGUUCACUCCUGAGCCAAAAUACUCAAAUAAUUUUACUUCUUUAAAAGCUUUACGAACAGAAAACUUCAAUAUUAAGGCAGGAAAAUCCAAACACUGGCUACUGCGGCAAGGGGUUCAACCUUUACCUGAUGAUGUUAUCACUAAAGUUGACAAUGUGUUUAGGAAUAGACUAAGAACAUUACUGACCGUUGAUGACAUGGUAUACAAUGUCUUACAGUAUUUGGAGUUGAAAAAUCAGCUUGAAAAUACUUAUGUAGUUUUUACUUCUGAUAAUGGAUACCACCUUGGGCAGUUUUCUCAGCCACUUGAUAAGCGAGAACCAUAUGAAACUGACAUACGAGUUCCCUUCUUAAUACGUGGUCCCAGUAUACCAGCAGGGAAAGUGAUCAAAUUUCCAACCUCCAAUAUUGAUCUUGCUCCAACUUUCUUGGACUUGGCAGGUUUGCAGAUACCCAAAUACAUGGAUGGCAUAUCUCUUAAGUCCAUAAUUGCUGUAGAUACUGUUGCUGCACAUAAGAAUGAAAUUAUAGUAGAUAGGAAAGAAAAUUAUAUUGGAAAAUAUAAUAUCAGUAGUUACAGAAAACACAGAGAACUAAGAAGAACCAUUCUAGUAGAACACUCGGGUGAAGGAAAAUUAACCAACGUGGGCUGUGAAUACAUUCAGUCAGGUAUGAGUGGAUGUAAUCCAGAUUUUGCCUGUAAAUGUGAAGAUUCCUGGAACAACACAUACUCAUGCUUGAGACAAAUUAGUGAUGGAGAAAAUAGAUUGUAUUGUAAAUGGGAUGAUGAUGAGGCCUUUGAGGAACUUUAUGACUUGGACAAGGACCCUUGGCAAUUAAACAACACAGUGAGAUUUGUAACCAAAAAUAUUCACAAAAAAUUAAAAAAUCUUCUGAGGAACAUGCAGCGGUGUCGAGGUUCACGGUGUAUUGAUCUAGCGAGCUUUGUAGUUUAACCUCAUGCUUGCUGCAUGCUGUAGUAACCCACUUUAACAACUACUACUGCCAUCAUUGAUUUGGUAAUUUCUCAAUAAAAAAAAGAUAAAGGAAACUUAAGUACCUAUACACUUAGCUAUCUUUAAGAUGUAGGGAUUAAAUAAAACAAAGAAUGUGUUGAAUAAAUUUAUAUCUAACAGAACGGGGGAAAACUAGCAAGCAUAUGUUGUACCAGUUUGUCAUCAAUAGUCCCCCCCUCUUCUUUUUUAUUAUUAUUAUUAUUAUUAUUAUUAUUAUUAUUAUUAUUAUUAUUAUUAUUAUUAUUAUUAUUGUUAUUGUUACUAGGUAAGACCUUAUUAAGAGCUCCAUCUUAAUGCAAGGUCUGUCCAAAAAGAUACCAAACUUUUAAAAAAGCAAAUUUAUUGCUUUACUUACAACUUAAUCAGACUUGUCUCCUUCAAAGUACUCCUCUCCACUGUUGAUACACCGCUCCCAACGUUUUUUUCCAGUUCUGGAACGUGUUUUGGGGGAUAGUGUGCAUGUCUCGUAGCGAAUUUUCUUCUAUCUCGAAUAUCGUUUGAAAUCGGCGACCUUUCAGGGUGGAUUUCAACUUUGGGAAAAAAAAAAGUCCACAGGGGCCAAAUCCGGAGAGUAGGGCGGCUGGGGGACGAUAGUCGUCUCGUGCUUCACCAAUAAGUCGCGGAUAAGGAGCGACGCGUGAGCAGGUGCAUUGUCAUGAUGCAGCAUCCUGGUCUUGUUUGUCCACGCCUCAGGCCUCUUCCUUCGCACUGCCUCCCUCAAACACUUCAGGAUCUCCAAGUAAAAGUCUUUAUUGACUGUCUGACCACGUGGAACAAACUCAUGAUGAACGAUGCCCUUCCAAUCAAAAAGACGAUCAACAUCACCUCCACAUUUGAGCGACUCUGACGUCCAGAUUUGGGAUCAUCUUCGGUGGAAGUUCUUCCCCUUUUGAAAUGUUGGUACCACACGUGACAUUGCGUACAGCUCAAACAAUCCUCCCCAUAAACCUGUUGCAACAUUUGAAAAGUCUCCAUAAAAGUUUUUCCCAAUUUGAAACAGAAUUUCACGCAAACACGUUGCUCUUCAAGAUCCUUCAUGGUUCAACUUGCAACAAAUCGCCAAGUGCACUCAACACAUGUUCACUCUAGCACGUCUAGCUCAAUGACUAAUUGACGUGGCGUAAUGCGGUUAGUGUUAGACUAAAGGUCAAGGUCACCACUACACAGUGCUCCCAUCGUGAGCACGCUGCGCCAGCUCGUUGGCGCGCUAUUUACAAAGUUCCGUUUAUUUUUGGACAGACCUCGUAUAAAGGUUUGCUUACUAAAUAUUCUCAAAAAAUUUUGUUUUCAUGCAUAGAAUGUACUGUAAAUCCUAUGUUAGAGAAAGGAAAACACAUAAAAAUUACUUACGGUAAUAAAUUGUAAGUUGGCUGUGACCUUUGCACCUUCAGUGAAUUGACAAAGAGACACUAAACUGUGUCUGAGCAUAACAGGAGUGAGUGGCUCACUGGUUAGUUCUUGUUGAUACCAGAUGUAGCUAACUACCAUUUUUUAAUUCACUGAAGACAUGGAAUCCACAAGCUACUUAUCACUUCCUCUCAAUUCAGAUGCUUAAUUUCCUUGCUCUGGCAUCAUAAUUAUAGUCAGUGUUUUAAAACAAAUGUUUGAUUAAAAAUCCCCAGAAACAAUACACUGGUAUAUUGUAGCUUACAUAUUACUGUACUUGUACAGUACAGUUUUAUUAUUAUUAUUUUAUUAUUAUUAUUAUUAUUAUUAUUAUUAUUAUUAAUAUUAUUAUUGUUAUUUACAUUACUAUACAGAUAUCCCUCGCGAUAUGAAUGGGGUAAGUUCCAAAAAAUCCAUUCGUUACGUGACUUUACAUAUCAUGAAUAGAUAUACAUAUGGGAAAAAUAAGGUUUGGUUUCCCGAUGACAAAAAAUUCUAAUAUCAUACCCCAAAAUCAUGAAAUGAGUUCACGUACAAGAACAAAACCUACCUAACUAAUGCUCAAUAGUACACAACUAUUGUUGCUUGUAAUGAAACUAUUAAAGUUGUGGAAAAAUCAUUAAAAUAAUCUAAUGUGGCUUAGAAAUAUGGAAAAUAUAAUAUAAAACUAUAAAAUAAGAAAAAUGAAAAGCAUAUGUGGGAAGUAAAUUUGAUAUGAGGUGGGAAUGCGUGGCAGCAUUCCUUGCCAACUUGACGUCAUGACAUACUGGACACACCCACUGCUGUGGCCACCACAUGUCUGUGAGUCAGCUGGGUGAAUGCCUGAACUGUCACAGGCUGGAUGCAUGGGAGGUUUGUGUGUGGAAGAACUUAUUCUUUGUACAUAAAAUAAUAGAGUAUGUACUGUAUAUACUGUACCAGUAAAUGUGAGGAAUAACAAAAAAUAACAAAUAAAA